UACGUCAGGCGCCAGAGACAGAGCCGGUGUUGUGAUGGUAGCUGGCUGAGUGCGGAAGGGCGACUGUACCUUUAAGUGAAAAACGAAACAAGCAGCAAUUUGUAUCGCUUAGCUGGAUAAUUUGGUUUACGGAGAAUUUAAUCGAUAUGCUAUUUGUUAAACUUCUUCUCAUAUUUUGCUGCCUACGAGAUAUUAAAGGUUAUAAGGGGAACCCUCUGAACAAAUAUAUCCGCCAUUAUGAGGGCCUGUCAUACGACACAGAAGCCCUGCACAACAGCCACCAGAGAGCCAAGAGGGCGGUCUCUCACCAGGACAGGGUCGUGCAGCUGGACUUCCAUGCUCACGGAAGGCAUUUCAACUUGCGGAUGAGGAGAGAUACAGCCCUGUUUUCUCCGGAUCUCGUUGUAGAAGUGUCAGGAGAGGAAACACCCUUUGAUACCUCCCACAUUUACACUGGAGAAGUCUUUGGUGAAAAAGGCACCCUGACGCACGGCUCUGUGCUGGACGGGCGCUUCGAGGGUUUCAUCGUAACCCACCAGGGGACGUACUAUGUUGAGCCCUCAGAGAGGUACCUAAAAGACAAAGAAGUGCCCUUCCACUCCGUCAUCUAUCAUGAAGAUGACAUCAAUUAUCCUCAUAAGUAUGGCUCAGAGGGCGGCUGUGCUGACCACUCAGUGUUUGAGAGGAUGAAAAAGUACCAGGCAUCAGCAAUGGAGGAGCCAGUCAAGGAGGUGAACAGUGUGCUGGAGGAGGAGCACUCCCACAGUCCAGUCAUCUUUAGGAAGAAGAGGGCAGCCGGCGCAGAGAAAAACACCUGUCAGCUCUUCAUCCAGACUGACCACCUUUUCUUCAGAUACUAUGGCACAAGGGAGGCUGUCAUUGCUCAGAUCUCUAGCCAUGUAAAGGCGAUUGACUCCAUUUACCAGACCACAGACUUCAUGGGCAUCCGAAACAUCAGCUUCAUGGUCAAAAGGAUUAGGAUAAACACCACCAACGAUGAGAGGGACAAGUCCAAUCCUUUCCGCUUUGCCAACAUUGGAGUGGAGAAGUUUUUGGAGCUGAACUCGGAACAGAACCACGAUGACUACUGCCUGGCCUAUGUCUUCACUGACCGGGACUUUGAUGACGGAGUGCUUGGCUUGGCUUGGGUUGGAGCUCCCUCAGGAAGCUCUGGGGGCAUCUGUGAGAAGAGUAAGCUCUACUCUGAUGGGAAGAGGAAGUCUCUGAACACCGGGAUCAUCACUGUGCAGAACUACGCUUCCCAUGUCCCCCCCAAGGUCUCACACAUCACCUUCGCUCAUGAGGUUGGGCACAACUUUGGCUCUCCUCAUGAUUCUGGAGUCGAAUGCACCCCUGGAGAGUCGAAGAUGCAGGACAAAAAAGAGCAGGGCAACUACAUUAUGUAUGCCAGAGCCACAUCCGGGGACAAACUCAAUAACAACAAGUUCUCGAUCUGCAGCAUUCGUAAUAUCAGCCAGGUGCUGGAGAAGAAGAGGGGAAGCUGCUUCGUUGAAUCUGGCCAGCCUAUAUGCGGGAACGGGCUAGUGGAGGCCGGGGAGCAGUGUGACUGUGGCUACAGUGACCAGUGUAAAGACCCCUGCUGCUACAACGCUAAUGAAGCUGAGGGCCAAAAGUGCAAACUCAAACCCGGCAAAAUCUGCAGUCCCAGUCAAGGCCCAUGUUGCACAGCAGAAUGCAGCUAUAAGGGCAGUAGCGAGAGGUGCAGACCAGAGUCAGAGUGUGCGCAUGAGGGUGUGUGUAACGGGGCUACUGCCCUUUGUCCCGCCUCAGAACCAAAAGCCAACUUCACCUCCUGCCAUGGAGAGACACAAGUCUGCCUCAACGGGGUUUGCUCUGGAUCGAUAUGUGAGAAGUACGGUCUGGAGGUUUGCACCUGUGCUAGCCAGGAUGGCAAGGACGAGGCAGCUGAGCUGUGCCACGUCUGCUGCAUGGAGAAAAUGAAACCAAACACCUGCAGCAGCACAGGCUCAGAGAGGUGGGUCACUUUCUUCAACAAGAAGAUCACAACACUGCAGCCCGGGUCACCCUGCAACGACUUCAAGGGCUACUGCGAUGUGUUCAUGAAGUGUCGCCUGGUCGACGCCGACGGGCCUCUGGCCAGGCUAAAGAAGGCCAUCUUCAAUGCAGAGCUUUACGAGAACAUCGCCGAGUGGAUAGUGGCUCACUGGUGGGCAGUGCUGCUAAUGGGUAUUGCUCUCAUUAUGAUAAUGGCCGGCUUCAUCAAGAUCUGCAGCGUCCACACACCCAGCAGCAACCCCAAGCUGCCCCCACCAAAGCCACUGCCAGGUACGUUGAAGAGGAGAAGACCCCAGCACGCGGGCGCACAGGCCCAGGCCCAGCGCCACCACCGCCAGCCCAGAGAGAACUAUCAGAUGGGUCAGAUGAGACGCUGAGACUCUGGUCUUCUCUUUGCCUUGGUUCUUCCUAGUGCCUACAAUGGGAGCACUUCACUCCAAAGAGUUACCUUUACCACCACCUAUUGCAACAUUCUGAAAACUGGCAACUGAACUUGUUUCACUGGACAAAGCCCACAGCGUCCUGGGCCUAACAGACUCACCCAGCACCUCUGCUCCGAGAGCCAGAUCAGCAGUGGUUCACACAGCUUUUACAGGAAAUAAAUCCGAUAACUUUUUCAUGGAGGGACGGGACGAGAAAAAUCACUGUUUCCUGUUAUGUGGUUUGUAUCUUUUUUCGUUUGAAUGCUUUUUUUUUUUUUUUUUUUUUAAAUGGGAAUGGAGGAGUGAGCGAGGAGCAGCAUCGUGGUAAAAUCCUCCUCUCUCCUCCAUCAGUGCUUUUAUUUUUUUUUCCCUGUUUUUCCUCUCUGAUGUGCUGCGGUCGUCAUCAGCACGAGAACAGGACUGCAAGUCACAUGAGUUUUUGCUGCCAAUCAAAACCUGGAAUGCGACAUUGUAUUGGAAGAAAACUCUUUUGCCAAUGUAAUUAGAAUGUCUGAAAUCAAACCACCGUGGAAAAAUGAAGCUUUUUAUUUCUAAGGCAUAUACGUUCUUUCUGUGUGCAGUUGUACAGAUGUUCCAGUGUAGUUUUUUUUUCCUGUUUCAUAUGGUUCUCUGUCUGAAUAUUAUUUACUGUUUUAAUUCACUUUCUCAGGAUUAAUAUAUAUAUAAAAAAAACAGCAAACAAGUGCAUGGGGAGGAGCUGCAAAUACAGCUGCAUGUGUAUUCUAGGGCCGUAAGUCUCCCUGUGGCCACUCCCUGUAUAGUGGCUCACAGUUCUAGCAGCUGCCGUGGGAUGUAGAGGACGGUCUGACAGAAUGUAGCAAAACGCUGAAUAAGAUUAAACUGUCGUUUGAUUGAGGCUGGUGGAGGGGUGAUUGGCUAUUUCCUGAAGUGAUAGGGUUUUGCAGGUGGAAGGUAAUAUGCAGCUGAGUUUACAUAAAGAGGCAGGUUGGAGCUGGAGUUAAUGGUAAGAGAAUAGCUUUUAUUUUCAACUUGAUUGUAUCACACUUUUUAUCGUGUCACUGCCAUUUUCCCUCACUCAUCGCUUUGGCACUGACUUGUGACACGUGUAAAAACAACCACUUCGUAGUACGGAUGUAUGUGUCUGUUCAUUCCACGUGGACGAUUGAUGAGAUCAGGGAGACAAAAUGGGAGAAUCUUCUUUGCUUUUAGUGCAGAUGGCUGUUGGCAGAGCAGGCUGCUGGCCAAGAGUUGAUGGAUGAUAUCCCUCAGGACAAAGGGCCUUGGCUAAAGGCGAGGCACACAGAUCGGCCACAUAUGUAGAGAGUCAUGAUUAUAGAAUGGAGAGCCACAUUGCUGCCACAUUCACACUUGUUCUGUUGUCCCUCUUUGAAUUGGGGCUGUUCUUAACGGCCUGUACCAGUGAUUCUGCUUGUUUAGCCUAAUAUUUACAAAACGUACAUACUCUAAUAUGAACAUGAACUUUCAGAGACUUCAAACUUUCUUCACACCCGUAUUCCAUCUCUGCAAUAAAGUCGUCCGCAUUAGUUUUCCUAAAAGCAACAGCACUGUUGUGUUUUGAUGACUUGAAUUUGGGCGGAGUGAAACAUCCCUCCACCAAAAAAUAGUCCCCAGGGAAACAUUGGCUUUCCACAGCCAAUUAUCAGUUCUGUGGUUUAUGAAUGGCGACGACUUUGUCAAGUGGGCGUUUCAACCAAAAAUUCAUAUCUGAAAAUGGCAGGAUUUUGAUUCUAUGUUGUGAAAUCUUUAGUACUGCAAAAUGGUUUUUGCCAUGUAAAACUUGGUUAAGUUAUAGUAAAUGGGCCAAACAUUCAAAAUCACUGACAGCGUCCUUUAGUAAAUGAAAGUUUUAAAACCACUCUAAGCCUGACAGUGGAACGUCUAUGCUUCGGCCAGGCAGUACAAAUGCAAUGGUGUCCCAGAUAUAGAACCUGCCUGGUUUUAAUGUGAUUGUCGAUUUUCCUUUUUCUGAUUUUUACCUCUAGCUCAGAUUAUUUGUGUAAUGUGGGUAAACCGAAUCAAAGGAUGAAAAGUAGAAUUUCUAAUUUUAUCGUGGCUUCAUUGCUGUGUGUUUCCAGUCGAGCUGUGCUGGUGUUAACUGAAAUUUAAUUAAGGCAAACAAUCAACUAUCACUACCACUGUCCUGUCCUUUCUCAUCCUAAUCCUGACCGUCAUGGUUAGGAUUUCCUCCAGGGAUUUUCUUACCCACACAUUAUUCCCCUUUGGUUUGUGUAAUGACAUUACAAAAAAAAAAAAAUGUGCCUACACAAAGCAGAGUGCGACUGAAGUCGGUGUCACUGAUCACCAAGGCUGAACCCGCACAUAAGGUCACCGUUUAUCCAAAGACUGAUCAGUCUGGCCUGCUGACGACAUAUUGGAAACAAAGUGAUUUGACACAGGGCUGGGCAACACGGACAAAAUCAAUGUCACGAUAAUCAUAAGAAAUUAUUUCACUGUCAACACAGUGAAAAAUCAAACAGAUAAUUACAUUAUUCAUUGCAUUAAACUGCAUGGCGUAAUGAAGCACAUUAAAACUCUCAUUUUCAACUCAUAUUCCCUAAUUUGUUUCGGAUCUCAUUUCAUGAAAGAUUUGAAUGCAUAUUAGCUUGUAAUUAUUCAUUUAAGCAGCAGAAUUGUGUCACAUUAACUAGCUGUCAUUACUUAAUCCCAUUGUGAUUGCACUGAAAGGUAAUAGGUGAUAACAGUGAAUUACCGCCCAGCCCUAAUUCAGUUUGACUUGCGUUUCCAGUGACCUCCAGCAGGAUGAAUAUUAGGUCAGCGUCACUGACAGCUGGGUGAGAAUGCAGGAUACCCUCCUGAUUUUGUGUUAACUGGCAAAAUAUAGAAAUAUGUGUGUAGUUUCUUAAAAUUGAUUUGAGAGAGCAAAACUUCUGCAGCAAAGAUAGGCUUUCUUUUUUUAUUCCUUGGAUAGCUGCCAUUAAGCUUUUGUUUUGUUGCAAGGUAUAAGGGUAAUGUUUAAUUAUCCAUCCGACAGAUUCUAUGCAGGAUAUUGCAGAGCUCAGCAGAGAAAACGUAAGCCUCCUCACAGAGAAAUGCCUUCAUUGUUUUCUCCCAAAUACGCACAUGGAAAACUCUAUUGUGUUAUAAUAACAAAAUAGUUUUCCACAUCCAUGUGCAACAACACAAAAUGUAAUCUGCAUUUGGUUCUAAAAUGUUUUCUGUUUUUUUGUCUGUCUUGUUGGUGCUAAUGGCGACUCUUUCUUGUUAUUUCCUGGGUGGGAAUAUAAAGAAUGGUUUCCAUUAUCUUUGGCAAAUUGUUUAUUUUUAGCACCAACCGCUUUGCAAAAUCAUCCCUCUCCCUCUUUCAUUCUUGUCUUUUUCUGUUGGUAUGGUGUGACCUGGGCAAUAGAUGGGUGUUUAGGGUGAAUCCUCGGGGAUAUGAAAAAUUCUUUCUUUCACCUUUCUUGCUAUACAAUAUUGAGAAAAACGUGCACUGAUGUAUAAGUGAUAUAAAUGGAGAGAAUCCCAAAUGCUCAAUACUACUGUCUGAUUUUAUUGUCUUCUGUGUUUUAUACUGUCUUAAAUUGUCUUUUAUUUUUGUCUUUAUUUUUUUCUGUUUGUUCUAUUUCCCCAUUCUGCUCACUUGGAAAAAUUUUACUAAAAUUGCAAAAGUAUUGUGCAAAGAUGUAAUUUCUUUUGAAGUACUUGAAAUGCAUUAAUUAAAAUAUAGACUUGA